UCGCUUAAAUUCUUCGCUAACUGUAUACUUCAAUAAAGCUUUUGAAGAGAAAGAUAUGCAUCACUUCGUGUUCCUUUUAUGCACUUUUAUGGUGCCGCUCACGCAAUCAUUUACGGUUGUUAAUAAUGUCGAGGAUGAUUUUUCAAUCGAUGAUGUAAGGGAUUAUGAGGUGGUGCCUGUUCGACAUAUGCUCCAUAAACGAAGUAUCAAUGAAUUAACACUUCAAACAAAAGUAAAUGGUGUAGAGCAUGAAAUUUAUUUGCAACCUACAGAAGGUUUACUAGCAGGAACGGAGACGAAGGUUUUUACAGCCCAAAGAGAUUAUCAAAAUAAUGUUUAUUUUAAAAAAAUACCGAAUAUUAUGAACAACAUCUAUUUAAACUUUUAUCAAGAUCCAAACACCUAUUCUUCUAUUACACACAGUGUUAAUGAAUAUGGAAAAUCUGAAUUUAAUGGAAUUAUUAAUGAAAACAUGGUAAUACGUCCACUGGCUUGGAAUUUUCGACAACGUCGUGAUCUAUUAAAAAAGAAUACUUCAUCAUUUGAAAGUGUAGCCGAUGGUUUUAUUGAUACUACUGAACAUAUAAUUUAUAAACAAACUUUCAACAAUGCUUCUCAAGUUGCAACACCUAAAAUGGACAAUAGAUUUUCAAAUAUUCAUAGAGUAUCUCGAAGUCCUGACGCAGAGUUACCGGACAUAGUGUAUCCAGAAAUUUUAGUUUUCAUUGACGACGUACUUUUCAGAAAAUUAGAAUUUAACGUGAUACGUGCAGUAGAAUACACAUUGAGCUUUUGGAAUGGAGUUGAUUUAAGAUUUAGAGAAUUUGAAGAACCAAAGAUUCGUCUUAAUAUUGCUGGAAUUGUAUUAAUUAAGGAACCCUUGCCAUUUUUAACUGCUGCAAUGAUCAAUAUGGAAGAUGAACAAAUAAAAACAUAUUCAUUGGCUAACAAUUUUAGUAAUUUUUUAGGUAAAAAUAAAUUUAUUCACGAUGAAAACAAUUAUGAUAUAUCUAUGUUAGUAACUGGAAGAGAUAUGAUCCACGAUAAGAAUGGAAAUUCUGGUGUGUUGGGUUAUGGAAUGGUUAGUGGUGUAUGUAAGAGUAAGGUAAAUAAUUAUAAAUCUUUCGGAUUAGCUGAAGAUAGGAAUGGUUACGGAGGGAUAAAUACUGUUGCUCAUGAAUUAGGUCAUAUCCUUGGAGCACCUCAUGAUGAGGAAGUAUUCACAUUAGAGGAAAGACUGUAUAAUAGUAAGCGCUGUCCUGAAAAGGAAGGAUAUAUAAUGAGUUAUAAUCGUCAAACCAAAAACAAGAUUUUCUUCUCUUCAUGUUCGAAAGAGCAUAUUAAAGAUACUUUAAGAAAAAAUUAUGCAAAAUGCGUUCGAAAUAAUCCUGCAGAAAAUAAAAAGAACAAACCACUACCUAGAAUAUUACCUGGUCAAUUAAUGUCUUUAGAUGAACAAUGCAAAAAUCUUGGUUUAACGCACAGCCAUGAGAAAACAACAUGUUUAACACUCUGGUGUGUCGAGGCAGGAAAGGAACCCUACACAUUUAAAGACCCACCAGCGGAAGGAUCUCCGUGUGGUAAUGGAAGGUAUUGCUUAUCAGGAGAGUGUGUAGAUAUUAAAAGAUAUUCAGAAAAACAAAAUCCUCAACCAGUAACUAAAAAGUCUGUUGCUCCAAAAAAUCCAAUCACUACGAAAGUAACAACCACUACAGAAAAUCCUAUCCUUUUCGAACAACCUACAAAUUCUGCUACACAAAAGAAUAAAAUAAUGCUUUGCUUAAAUGGUAAUUGUAAAGAAAGCAAUGUUAGUGACGACUAUUUCAUCUACUACGGUGAACUAUUUAAAAGAUUAAACUAAUAUUAGAAUUAAUAAUAUACUAUCAUAAACAAAUUAUUUUGUUUGUGUGCUUUGAACGAGUUACUCAAUUCAGAGAAUUAAAAAUUAAAUGACCAGAAAAUAUGACAAAUGGUUAUUAUUUAUUACUAUUAUCAUUCUUUAAUGUUAUAAGUCUUAAUUAAUGUAUAAUACGAAUACAGUCAUAAUGCUUUUGUUGAAAUUUAAAGACUAAUAACUGCCUGCCAAUGUGAAGAAUAUUGAGUGCAAAUUGUAAAUUAUCUUCGAUUAUUUAUUAAAUUCUUCAUAGACUUAAGUUGAAAUGUUUUAUGUAUAAACAUUUUAAAAAAUAAAGA